CUAAUAAUCCGUAUUAUAAAACACGAAUGUGUCAGGCCUUCCAACAAGGGUUAUGUCAGAAGGGCGCCUAUUGCAAUUAUGCCCACGGGCCCGAUGAGAUGCCUCCCGCUCCAAGGAGAUAUAAAACUGAAUUAUGCAAGCAUUUUAUGGAGGGUAAAUGUGGCUAUGGGGAGCAUUGCUCCUAUGCUCACUCAAUGGAAGAGAUACAGCAACACGCAGCUGCUAAUGUUGCCUCUAGCCCAUUCCAGAUGCAACAAUCGAACACCCUCACCGGGCAGUCACUCCUCCAGCCUCAGUCCAGUAUAACACCGUCAGUGUCUCUACUAGAGAGUGUGCGAACGGAUGGAUCAACCAGGCGAAACGCAUCGGGGCACGGUCACCAUCAUAAGGGGAAGAAGCUCCGUACAGACUCUAACGCACCUGCUGCGGUGAAGAUUUGUCUUGACGAUCUCUAG